CAAAGGCGGGUUCGACCCUGAAGACUCAGCAGAAUUCGCCGAUAAAGGCAGAUAAAGGAUAAUUGCCCCGUUUGAAUGUAUUUCUUGAAUGUCACCGUGUGAUUCCGUAGAAAUCGUUAUUUACCGUUUGUUUCGACACUGUCACGGGAUCUUUUUUCAAACUCAAAAUGUUGCUUUAUACACUAUUGGGGGGUUACGUCUUAAGCUCGUUUAUCUUGUUUAAAUACCCCAUGUUAAUUCAUAAGAAGAAAAAAAUUAGAUUUCGCUGUAGACACAUCAGUCAUCGAGGGGGAGCUGGGGAGAGUUAUGAAAAUACAAUGAGUGCAUUUCGAAGAGCUGUAAAGAUUGGCACGGAGAUGUUGGAAUUGGAUUGUCACCUCACAAAAGAUGAAGAAGUCGUUGUUUCACACGAUCAGAAUCUCUUCAGAAGCACUGGACUCAAUAAAAAUAUCAACGAAGUCAAUUAUACAGAUUUACCACUCUUAAAAUCUUGUCUGCCCAUCGAUUUUGAUCCAGAAGUAACAUACGUGGGAUCAGCAAAGGAGUCAGACAGAAAAUUUCCACUCCUAAAAGAAGUAUUCGAUGCAUUCCCGGAAAUUCCAAUUAAUAUCGACAUCAAAGUCAACGAUGACAGGUUAAUUUCGAAGGUCUCAGACUUGAUUAAACAGUACAAUCGUGAGGAAUACACAGUGUGGGGUAAUUUCAGCAAUGAAAUAACUCGGAAAUGCUACGAAACAAAUCCAAAGGUUAAUUUAUUUUUCUCGAUGAAGCGAGUGAUGACCCUCAUACUUCUCAUGUAUUCUGGACUCUUGCCAUUCGUUUCUCUUAAGGAGACUCACCUAGAAAUAUUUUUACCCUCAAUCUACCUCAGAAGAAAAGGCGGUCUCUCAGCAACAUUCCUACCUCUUCACAAAGUCGUCUGCCACAUGACGAAUUUAUUGUUAAUAAGACCGUGUUUGUUCAACCAUUUACAAGCACGGGGUAUUCACGUUUAUUUUUGGGUUUUAAACAGAGAAGAAGAGUAUGAACGUGCCUUCAGAUUAGGGGCAACCGGGGUAAUGACGGAUUAUCCUACAAAAUUGAAGACAUUUUUGAAUAAUAAUUACGAGGUGAAUGUCGAUAAAACUUAAUUGAUAUUUUUGAAAUAGUUUGAUAAGGUUUUGAACUUUCACUCUACAGUACAUUUGAUUAUCAGCACAAUUCUAGUCUCUAAGGCCACUGCUGUGUACAUAAUUUAUUUAUGAAUUUAAUUGUUCGUAUUUUUCGCUUGUGAUACAGUUUAGUCUGAGAAAACUAAAAUUAGCGUUAAUUUGCCCAUAUUUUCGAAGAUAAUUAAUAAUUUCUUUUAAAAAAUGUUUACGUUUGAGUCUCAAAAAGUGAGAAUUUGUUAACAAAAAAGAGAAAUAGUUUUUGGAAUAUAAAAUAAAUAUUCCACAUGGAGUUCGAAAUUUUAAUGAGCUCGGAAUAGCGAGUUGUUAUAAAUUAUUUAAAUAACUGUUUUUAGAGACUUUCAUUAAUAAGUAACUCUCGAAGUAUUUUAGCGAUUUACCCACCGCACAAAUGCAAAAUGAUGCAAAAAAUGUUAUUCUACUAGGGUUAAAUGACUCAAGUCUCAAAGCCUCUGGAAUGAUAUUCUUAUUUAUUUAUUUAAUAUAAAAUUACGAAAUUACAAGACUUCUUUUUAUGACAUUUGUUCAAUUAUUCACUCUUUCUCGAAUAAAUAUAUCAUAAUUUCCCUGGAACUUGAUCCUUAAGAGUAUCUUUCAUGUAAAUAAAAUUCAAGUUCUCUUAUUAUGGUAUGAAAUCGAUUGAAAAUUAAAAAUUUCGUUUUUUUAAUGAAAGAACUAAUAUUUCAUUUCUGAUAUUUCGAAGGAUAAUUCAUAACUGUGAAAAUAUCUUCUCGUUUGCCUUGAAGGGGGUGAUCUAAUAACAAAAAGAAAUUUACAUUUUGAAAAAUAAAAUAAAUAUUGCAAAUUUUGAAUUUUGCUCUUCAGCUCUAGUCCGACCCUUUCUUCACGGCACGAAUGGAGAAAAUAAUGUAAAGCUCUUAUUAAUCUACAUUUGAUCACAAAAUUUUGAAAUCUUAGGAAUGAUUUUUAUUGGAUGGAUUAUCUGGAAUGAUAUUUGUUUCCAUUUGUUUAAUGCAAAAUUAAAAAUGUGUGAAACUAC